AUGGCAGCUUCGCACAGCUGGAGUAGCAGACCGAAUGCUCUGGCUCUGCAUGGCCGGCCUCCCAUCCCACAGCAACCAUUGCCGACAACUUUCUACCUUCCUGGCCAACGAGCAGCGUAUCCAGUUCAACGGCCACAUGUGCAUAUAGGUCCAGCUGUUCCGGGAGAUGCGUUGAGCACACAGGUGGGAGCGGAAGUAGAGAGCAAGUUCGGCUUCAUUUUCCGGAAGUUGGGCUUGAUGGUGCAGGCAAACAAAACGAUGCUGCGUAUAAAUGGACGUUGGAAUUUUGCUCCAGAAUAUGAGGUCUUUUUUGAACAAAGACGUGUCAUCGCAGCAGCACUCAGGGAAUAUCCAGAAGCACCUGAAGAUCUGCUCAGACAGCAUGCCGAAAACAUCGACAAUGCACUUGGGGCUGGUCAGUUCACGGACAGCCUCCUUGUGGUGGCACGUGGCGCCCGAAGCAUGAGCCAAGAUGCAGCACGAGCUGUCCAAACCUGCUGGCCGCCAGUGCCUUCAGGAAGUGUGCUCCUUGAGAUUGACUUUGUUAUCGGCCCUACUCAGCAGGUAGACGAAGAUGCUGCUGAUUUGAAUAUUCCCGUUCCUGUCAUGACACUGACUGGUCAGCAAAUCCCUGAGGGACAAAAGUGGUCAACCAUCGCCAGCAACUGCCAGAACGGAGCCUUUGUGGAAGUCGCAUCCCAAAGCUGGGAGAAACAUGGUAAGUUGCGAAGCCACAGCUUGCAGUGGUUGCAUGAAGCCCGCCAACAAUUCUUUCCUCAGGGACACACCAUGUAUUUCUACGAUGGUUCAAUGCAGCAUUUUGGUGCAGUAGGCGGCCUUCACUGCUAUUGGUUCCAAAAGAGCUGCCUGCUUCAAGUCAAAGAGUUGCUCUUGGAGGAGCAGUUGCGCAAGGUGAAUGCUGAAAAGAGCGCUUUGAUGGCUCACAGCUCUGCAGGCACGACCUCCACGUCAUCCGUCGUCUGGGUGCGGCAGCUGAUCCGCCAGGAUCAGACGGUCACGGAAAAGCUGAGGCCCAAGGAGGAGGACCCUGAGGGCGAGCUCGAGCCGGCGUUUCAGGUGGAGUCUCCUCAGGACCAUCCGACACUCAAAAAUGUGGACCACUUGAAGACAGCCAUUAAGCAGAAGAAUUCCGUCAGUCUCGAGAAGAUCGAUGCAAGGAAUAUCGACAUCUACUCACAAGAAGCUGGCGGAGCGUGGCAGCGCAUCGAACGCACAUCGGAAGCCCUGCGUCAGGACACCAGCGAGCGAGACUGCUACGGCUUUUUGCCGCGACGGGCAACUUGA